AUGAGCACUUUCUCGCUUGGAACCCAAAAAUCUUUCCUAAUUGUGAUUUUCUUCAUGGUUGUUUCUAUUGGUUGGAGCCUAAGGAUGACCCCUAAUCAUGUUAAGUUGAUCAGCUUGCAAGAAGAGAAAGCAGAAAUUAGAGAUAAAAAGGAAGUAUCAACAAAGGAAGACAACAUGGGAAUGGAACUCUACCCAACUGGCUCCACCAUACCAGAUUGUUCCCAUGCAUGUGGACCAUGUUCUCCCUGCAAGAGGGUGAUGGUGGGUUUCAGCAAGUGCUCCGUUGCAGAGUCUUGCCCUAUAAUUUACAGAUGCAUUUGUAAAGGGAAAUACUACCAUGUACCCUCCAAUUGA